UACCACUGAGCGGAACGCUCCAGUAUACACUGGAUAGACUUACCAACCGAUUUAUUAUGCUGGUUAACUGGAUCGUGAAUACGAUGAACAUUAUAUACUUUUUAUAGUCGACCAAGAACGCAAAAAGAAAUCGAUAAUGAACCUAUUUCAUUUGUCAUAUUAUUUCCUCGUCCUUUGCUUUUGCUCCGCUAAAGUUCUGGCUAACAAUUCAGCCGGGCAGAACUCGAAUCAAUUAACGAAUAAAUGUAGCAAAACGUCGUUCCAAGUUUUUGCGACACCAAGUUGUAUUUUGUGUCCUUUGAACGCUUUUUUGGGCCUGUGUCCUUUUGGAACUCAGAAAAUAACCGUUGGUAUGGGACUAAGAAAAUGCGUUUUGGCAGGAAACUUAUACGGUUGUGUGCAUUUAUGCCGAAGGACGAUUGUUAAAAGUGUGUUUUGUCAAAAUUAUUGGGGCCCUGAUUGCCGCCCAUGUCCUGGUCUAGGGUCUGGGUAUGCAAGCUGUUUUGGCAAUGGGAAUUGCAGUGAUUUAGAAGCUGGAAAUGGGACAUGUCAAUGCAAUACUGGGUUUGAGGGAUUUGCUUGUGAACAGUGUUCUAACAAAACAAAGUUUGGCACCAAGUGUGAGCAAGAUUGUACAUGCAAACAUGGCAAAUGUGAUAGUGGAACGUUGGGCUAUGGGAAAUGUAUACCAUUCACUUGCACUACUGCUUAUUAUGGAGACAACUGUGACCAAUAUGAACCAGCCUGUGACAAUUGUCACAACCAUUCUCAUUGUUAUAAUAAGAUAUGCAAGUGUAACCCAGGAUACACCGGCAAUGGAACUGUUUGUCAAGAAAUUGAUCCAUGCAAAGAUUUGAGCAAUGGUCACUGUCAAGUUAAUAACUCAGUUUGCAUGAAGACUGUGCCCGGAUUUCAUAAAUGUGUUUGUCGCCAAGGUUACACAGGCGAUGGAGUAAUUUGUUCAGCAAUUGAUCCUUGUCAAAUGAAUAAUCAGACUUGCCCGAGUAACAGUCGAUGUAAUUAUGUAGGACCAGGAAUGUAUAAUUGUUCAUGUCUACCUGGUUAUGGGAACUAUAGCGCCAUCAGAGGUUGCUCACUCAUCAACCGUUGUAUUCCAGACAAAGACUGUCUUUCAUUAAACACCGAGUGUGUUAUGACUGCACCUGAAGUUAAAGAAUGUAGAUGCAAGACUGGAUACAUUGGUAACGGAUCGAUGUGUUAUGGAAACCUUUUACAGAGAAUUGAUGAUUUACAUGGUUCUGGACAGAAUGAUACAUUAGUUACAUUUCGUCAUGUAAGGAAUAUCAUAAAAUACCACAGUGACUUGACAUUCGCCUUUGCUCAGCGUGGACCAUUUACAAUCUUUCUUCCCACUGAUGCUGGUAUUGAAAGCAAGUUAAAUAGCUCCCAGCUUUCAUAUAUAAUAAAAGAUAAAGACGUGGUUAAUCAUUUAAUAUUGGCACAUUCUGCUUUCGUGGUUCUUCCUAUUUCAUCGGUGAAUGAUACUGGAGAUUUUGCAACAUUGAAAGGAUGGAAUGCCAUUGUUAAUGCCAGUAAUGUUAAUGCCAGUAAUGACAAUAAUACUGAGAAAUACUUUUUUGGACUGAGUGGUCAUCCAGAAAGGCCUCCGAUUGUACAACGGAAUGUGCCAGCUUGGAAUGGAAUUAUUCACGUUAUCAACGGCACAGCUUGGAUCCCUGACCUAACGAAUAUGGCAAAGUCAAAGUUGAAGACGUUCUGGCAAAUUAUCACUGAACGGCCUGAACUGCAAACUUUUCGAUCUUUGGUUCAGGCAGCAGAUAUGGAGUCUGAACUCAAAACAACAAAUGGCCGAACUCUUAUUGUUCCAGUAAAUGGGUCGUUCUUGAAGUUAAAUAAAACGGACAUAGCAUUCCUAAAAUCAUCCAAGGGUAAAUCAAAGCUUCAAGCCAUAAUACGUCAUCAUAUUUUUGAUUCGAAGAUUGGUAUCAUCGAUAUGAUCUCCAAUGACAAAUUUUCAAUUAUGUCAUCAGCACUGGAACGUAUCACCGUGAACACCACAGACAAGGGUGCUGUACUCUUGGGGGGAAAAUCAAAACUGAUAGAUAACGACAUUCCUUCAGCAAAUGGAUUUCUUCAUCUCACUGACACUGUGCUUAUUCCAUCGUUCGUUUUGCCACUUGUCAAACGAUAUUGUAAUCAGAAUCCAUCAAAGAUUGUUUAUUCACCGUGCCGACCGUGUAACUUGAUUUAUGCCAAUGGCAAUUGUCCUAACGGAACUGUUAAAAUGGGUAAAAAGGAGCGAUGUCAUUAUACAUUAAACAUCCUUAUAGGCAAAGUAACUAGUGUGGGUUGUAGGUCCAAGUGUAAAAAGGAGGUUAAACAUUGUUGUUCCGGUUUUUACGGGACCGAUUGUUUACCUUGUCCUGGUCCAAUUGGCCAUCCAUGUUUUGGAAAUGGGAAGUGUUCUGACAGUGUGCAGGGAAAUGGAUUAUGUAAAUGUAAGGCAAAUUUCAAAGGGACGGCUUGUGAACUUUGUAACAAUAUUGAAAAGUUUGGCUUGGAUUGUGAAAAAAACUGUGAAUGCUUCCAUGGUACUUGCCAUAACGGUCGUCUUGGCAACGGUUUAUGUGUCCCCAAUACAUGCAAACAAAACUAUACUGGAGACAAUUGCGACAUGAGCCUUCAGCCCUGUAAAGGUCACGGAUCACUCACUAAACGCUGUCAUGUCCAUGCACAAUGUUACUUGAACAAUUCUCGAGCAAUAUGUAAAUGUGACGCUGGCUUCGAGAAAUUGGGGGAGAGCUGUCUUAAAAUUGAUCCUUGUUUGAAGGCUGGCCGCGGUGGUUGUCAUAAAAAUGCAAAUUGUAACAUGAUCGGACCAGGUCAAAGCACAUGCACUUGUUUGCCUGGGUGGACUGGGGAUGGAAUUUACUGCAUACCUAUCAAUUACUGUACUUUACAAUCUCACUGCCAUAGAAAUGCGAAAUGUACAUCUUUGGGGCCAGCAAAGGUCAGCUGCGAAUGUAACAUUGGUUAUGAAGGAGAUGGUACUUCCUGUCGGGAGAUAAAUAAUUGUUUGAAAAACAAUGGAAACUGUUCCCCUCUGGCGCGAUGUAUAAAGACAGGUGCAGGACAAAACAAAUGCAAGUGCAAUGUAGGUUAUGCUGGAGAUGGUUAUACUUGUCUGGCUUCUCUUUCUGAGGUUGUAAAAAGGCAAAAAGAACUAACAAUCGUAUCCUCAUUAAUUGUAAAAUACAAUUUUGUUCGCUAUCUGGCUAUUGGUGUUAAUCUAACCGUGUUCCUUCCCUCUAACGCCGCAUUUUCAAACAUGGACGCUGAUAAAAGAAAGCUGUUGGAUAUUCCCGCGAAUCUACGCUAUUUUGGAGGCUCGAACAUCUCUCCUUCGCUAUACAUGUCUACGGACCUAAAAGAUAAAAAUAUUUCGAUGAUACGAUCCUGGCUUCCUAAUGUUAACAUAACUAUAAAUCAUACCAAAUAUGGGGAGCCACUCAUUGGUGGAAUCGCAAGAAUAACCAAAGCAAACAUAACAGCGUCGAAUGGCAUUCUUCACAUUGUUGACAAAGUUAACUUGCCAACGAUUCUGAAAAAGCCUCAGGCAAAACCAAAUGUCUACAAGGGACUGUGCGAUAAAAAUACUGAGUUCUCAAACUUCUGUCAUUAUAUCCAGCAAUUCAAGCUUGUGGAGUGGAUAAACAAAAGAUGCGAUAUUUGCACAAUUUUCGUUAAAAAGAAAUCAUCCUUUCCUCAUUCAAAGAACACCAGCGUAUUGUUCCAUAUGACAAACCAUUACCUAUGGCCAAGCCACGUUAUGGAUGGGCAGCUGUUCCAGUCACUGGCAGGAGAAUUCUACGUACUCUCUUUGGAAAAAUCUGGCAAGAAAAAAAAGAUAAAAGUUAAUGGUCUUGAAGCAACUUAUUAUAAUUCAAGUUCUACAUGGAUUAUCUACACAAUAGAAGAAGAUUUGCGACCGGUUUUAAAUACGUGUUAUCGGAACAACGAUACAGUUGUCAAAUCGAAGUGUCGUCCAUGCCACUUUAGUAUAACGCGUUGUCGUCCAGGUUUCAGACACGCUGGCAAGGAAGACUGUCUCUAUACAGCUUUUGGCUUGCAUUUCAUUGGCUGUAGAUCUCUGUGUGUCUUACCGGGAAAGGUGCGCCAAUGCUGCCCUGGAUUUUGGGGUAAAGAAUGUAGAGCUUGUCCUGGUAAGAACGGUGUUUCUUGUUCUGGACGUGGUGUGUGCAACGAAACUAGCAAUGGCCAUUGUGAAUGCAACGGACAUUUUGCAGGACUAGCGUGUGAGAGAUGCAACGGGCAAUAUUAUGGCGCAAAUUGUAAUAAAAAGUGUGAUUGUGCUAAUGGAUCGAGAUGUGAUGGAAAAAAUGGUUUCUGUUACUGCCCACGUAGCAAGAAAGGUCUAAGAUGCGAUCAGAAAGCCCUAUACGAAAAAUGUGGUAAUAAUGGACCGUAUGUGAAAUGCGCCCAGCAUGCAAGCUGUCAAUACAAUAGGACGGAAAAGGCAACGUGCAAAUGUGAUCAUGGUUUCUCUGGAAAUGGUACAGAAUGUCGUUCUGACUUGUGUAGGGGUAAUAGCGACUGCUCACCCAAUGCUCAGUGUGAGUAUGAUGGUCGUAACAUAUCCUGUUCUUGCAAGAAGGGUUUUACUGGCGAUGGAUACUACUGCAGUAAAGUUAUGAAUACCUCGUGUGACAAAUGUGACUCUAACAACGCAGAUUGCUUGUUUAUUUCAUCGCGGAUGAUUUGCCGUUGCAAGCCUGGUUAUUCAGGAAACGGGGAAAAGGGGAAGUGCGUGUUGAUUAACCCUUGUCACAAGGACAAUGGUGGAUGCAGUUUCCAUGCUAUAUGUACAUUUGAUGAGAAAAAGUUCGAUACCAGAUGUAACUGUACUGAGGGUUACUUUGGAGAUGGGAAGAUUUGUGUUGGAAAUGUUUUAGAGAGGUUACAAAAUGACCAAAAUUUGACGGAAUUUUACUCCCGGAUAAAGAAAUCGUCUAUCAAAGAGAUUCUUUCUCCUGAAAAUCAUGUUUCGCUAAUUGCCCCUCACAACAACGCCUUUUCCUCGUCAAAGCGAAAGCGUCGUAGUGUUAAAACACUAUCAGACUCGGAUCUCAAGUAUUACAUCAUAAGCUGUGUUGCACUAAGCGAGAGUGACGCCAAUACCACUGAUACAAGUUUUGUAACUGUCGCUGGAUCGCGGUUGAACAUCACGUCUCCCAUGAUUUUAAAUGGCAAAACGAAGGUGUUAUCUGUGAAGAAUGUGGGGGAAAGCACUAUUUUGGUUGUCGAUAGUUUGUUUGAUGUCCCUACGACUAAACCUUCUGUUAGAAACAUGGCGCUAAAAAGUGCAGCGACGAGUAGAGGCUAUGGAAAAUUUGUUGAACUUCUAACCAGAGCUGAUAUGCUUGAUGUCGUGGCAAAUCCUUAUCAGGAACCAUACACAAUGUUCUGGCCGAGUGACGACGCGUUUUCGCGCUUGGAAAAUGAUCUGAAAAGACAGUUGUCAAACAAGGAAUAUGCAAGGAAUAUCAUUAAUUAUCAUAUAAUUCAGAAAACGAAGAUAACUACACACGACAUUCUCGGUUACUCUGGUGGUCUCUACAGACGGACUCGUGAAGGAUCUUCUCUCUUUAUAUCAUGCAAAGGACAUCAGGGUGAUUUGUACAUCAACGACAGAAGCAAAAUCGUCGAACGUGAUAUCGAAUUUCAGGAGGGCGUUGCCUUCGGAGUUUCUCAAGUUUUGCUCCCUCCUGGCGUAGCUGGACGAUGUGACGAGAUUAAAUAUGUCUCAAUAGAGGGCUAUUGCAAAGCAUGUGGCGACCAAGGAAUGUGUCCUCCUGGUUCAACUUUACAGAGUGUUGAUAAAAAUUCGUCGUGUACCAUGGUACAGGGGAAGGAUACGCACACUGGAUGUCGAACACAUUGUCUCAAACGCAAUAUGACAAGAAAUUGCUGCAAGAAUUUCUAUGGCGCAGAUUGUUUUGCGUGUCCAGGUGGAUCUAAUCCCUGCAGUGGUCAUGGCACGUGUGAUGAAGGAAUAUCCGGCAGUGGAAGCUGCAGUUGUGAUCGCUCAUUCAAUGGAUCGAAUUGCGAGAUUUGUGUGCAGACCAAAGCCAGUGUUGACUGCCACGCUACGAUUAUCUCAAAAGAUUGCAGAAGUCGACGAAAUCCAUGUUCAAUAUUUGCGACAUGCGAUGAAAAAGGGGAAAAGAUGUGUCGGUGUAUUGAUGGUUAUGAAGGAGAUGGGUAUUAUUGCCAGGAGAUUGAUAAAUGUCAGACAAAGAAUGGAGGAUGUAAUAAACAUGCUAUUUGCAAGUACACAGGACCAAACACAGCUCAGUGCGAGUGUCGUUCAGGCUAUGUUGGCAAUGGUUAUACAUGUACACCGCACUCUAGAUCACAUAUAUGCUGGAUAUUCCAACAUAUCUGCAGUAUAUACGCUACGUGCAGUGAAACUGGAACAAGUGGUACCGAUGUUUGCCGUUGUCGGAAGGGUUUUGUCGGUAACGGAAUUUCAUGUUCAGGGUCCGCGAAGGAGGUGAUUUAUGAUACUGAAGAUCUGAGUGAGUUUGCUAAGGGUAUAAAAAAGUUAGGUGUGAAGGGAAACAAUAUUACCCGAUAUUUGUCGAGCGAAAAGGACUUCACUGUAUUUGCGCCGAUAAAUUAUGGUUUCACUCUCAAGCGUAUGACAAAAGAUGAUUUAAAGAACCAUAUUGUUGAAGGUCGUCAAUCGUUUAAACCUGGAACGACAAAAAUUGUACCCAACUUGGCGAGGAAUAAUAUCACGAUUGUUGUAUCACAAGAUGGCAAGAUCAGAUUGAACAAUAUCGCAAAUGUUCUGUACGAUCGCGAUGCAAAAAAUGGAAUCGUCGUUGUUAUUGAUCAUGUGCUUCUGUAUACGAAACCACCUCAUCUUCCACCUCAUCCUCCACCUCGAACAAUUCCUCCGUCUCGAACAAUUCCUCCGUCUAAAGCAACAAGGCCUACACACGACGGAAGCUCGGUGAGGGUCAGUACAGAGGAAAAAAAUAAUGUUGCUGAAAUUAUUGGCAUCACUGUUGGUGUAAUUGUCGCCGCUAUUAUUAUUAUUGUUGUUAUCUACUUCGUCAAGAAACGACGUCAUUCCUACAAUGUCAAGUAUAACAGGAAUUUCGAAAACAUACUACUCCAGAGCGAGGCUUACACUGAAGAUGAUAAUAUUGAUGAUGAUGAUGAUGAUAUUCGUGAUGAUGAUCAUGCUGGUGAUGACGAGUAUGAACAUCAAAUAUUGCAGCAUCCGUCAACCGAACUAGAAGCGCCAGUUUUAAACAAUCCAACAUACGUGGGAAAUAGCGAAGAUAUUCAGGAUGACGUAAUGGGAAUGACUGAAACGAGUAGCAUUGUGCCUUUGACGAAAAACGACGCAUCUUCAAGAACAGAAAUUUGAUAAACCUGGUUUUACUGUCGAAUUUUGGAUUUUUUUAAUAGUGAAGUAAGGUAUAUAAAAAUUCAAUUGAUCGUCUGUAUGGUAAAACUUUCAUACAGAUAAAAUAGACCGCCAAUGUUUAGAGGGAAAUCAGCAUUUGUAAUUGUAACUAUAGGUUAGUUUAAUAUAUGAUGUAUCAAGGUUAGCAUGACUAAGAGAUGGCCCAGGACAGCGUCCCCCCCCCUGCCCACAAAAUUCUGAUAAUUUUCUAUAUAUAAUUUACCCCCACUGCCUACAAAGGUUAUUUUUUUGUAUGUAUUUAUUAUAGUUAGAACACUACUAAAUGGACGUAGUGUAUAAAUGUGAGAUAGUCAUUAAGUUAUAGUUGUAAUUUAAACUGAAAUCUU